CUAUUCAAAGCCUGAGAAACAUUAAAGACUUUACUGUAUGUAGUUGUGUGUUAUAUCAAAUAGGCGCACCCACUAAGUCCACUGGUAUUUUAAGCAUAAUGAAUUACACAGAGAGAAGACAAUAACAUGGGUAUUAACUGCUGGAUUUUUGGGAGUAUUGAGGUGUUUUGUAUAUCUCUAGCUGAGGUUUCGAGGGAAAAGAUAAAGGAAGUCGAGGGAAGAGGAGCGUAGGGUAAAGCAAAAAAUUAAAGAAGAGGUCUUUCUCAUACACAGAUCCCAAUGGAAUGCUGGAUGGAUGCCCGGCAUUUGCUUGCUGGAACUCAUUCUUUUUGUUUAGUUUAAAGGAACUUGCUUUGUUUUCUUUAGAAAUCUUUUCAGUGUUAAGGAGAGAGAAAGAUUUGUGCAGUAGUUUGGAUUUGUUUAGUUGAGUCUUUAGAUUUUGUCCAAUCCUUCGUUCAACUAAGUUAAAAAAAAGACCUUAAGAUUAGCUUUGAAAAUGGGGUAAGUUGUUUAUUUGUAUCCAAUGUUGAGAUGUUUUGCAACAAGAGAAACUUGUCUAGAGGAUAGCAACUUACAGAGAAGAUGAAGUCCAUUAACGAUGAGGAUAGCAACAAUAACAACCAUAACCUCAACAACAAUGGCUGGUUAGGUUUCUCUCUUUCGCCUCACAUGAAAAUGGAAGUUACUUCUUCUUCCUCUUCUUGUUCUUCUCAUAUUCCUACAGCCAUCCCAACAAGCUUUUUUCAACCCCCAUUACAAAAUUACGGCCUUUACUAUGGCGUCGAAGUUGAUCAUCGAAAUGCUGCCUUGUACCCUUCUUUGCCUGCCAUGCCACUCAAGUCUGAUGGCUCUCUUUGCUUAAUGGAAGCUUUGACCAGGUCUCAACAGCCACAAGGAAUGGUAACAGCAACUUCAACACCAAAACUGGAAGACUUCUUUGGUAGUACUUCCAUGGGGACCCAUCACUAUGAAAGCAACGACCGAGAAGCUAUGGCUCUUAGUUUAGACAGCAGUAUCUAUUUCAACCAAAGCCCUACUCACCAAAAUCUCCUGAACCAACUCCACGAAAAUUCCAGGCUCCAACAAUAUCAAUGUUUUACUUCUUCCUAUAUGGGAGACAGAAAAGCUAAAGAAUCCCUGGUCGCAGACUGCAACCUACACCUCCCAACAAUGGAGGAUGAUGCUAUGCAUAGCAUGAAGAACUGGGUUUCAAGGGACUAUGAAACUGACCAUGAAAUGCAGCAGAAAAUGGUCUAUUGCAUGAAUGAUAAUGGAUCUGAAUCUAAUAAUAUCGGUGCAAUGUCAUAUAUGAAUUUACAGUCUUUGAGCUUAUCUAUGAGCCCUGGGUCACAGUCAAGCUGUGUCACUGCUUCACAGCAGCCCACACACACUAUGACCGACUCCAUCACCAUGGAAACUAAGAAACGAGGACCCGACAAAGGGGAUCAGAAGCAAACUGUUCAUAGGAAAUCGAUUGAUACAUUUGGUCAGAGAACCUCUCAGUAUAGAGGUGUCACAAGGCAUAGAUGGACUGGUAGAUAUGAAGCUCAUCUAUGGGAUAAUAGUUGCAAGAAAGAAGGGCAGAGUAGAAAAGGAAGGCAAGUUUAUCUGGGAGGUUAUGAUAUGGAAGAGAAAGCUGCAAGAUCUUAUGAUCUAGCUGCUCUCAAGUACUGGGGACCCUCAACACACAUAAAUUUCCCUUUGCUUCAUCAGCUGGAAAAUUAUCAACAGGAGCUUGAAGACAUGAAGGGCAUGACCAGGCAGGAGUAUGUUGCUCACUUGAGGAGGAAAAGUAGUGGCUUUUCUAGGGGAGCUUCAAUGUACAGAGGAGUAACAAGGCAUCAUCAACACGGACGAUGGCAAGCUCGAAUCGGCCGAGUUGCAGGAAACAAGGAUCUUUAUCUGGGGACAUUCAGCACUCAAGAGGAAGCUGCUGAAGCUUAUGACAUUGCUGCUAUAAAAUUUCGUGGGAUAAAUGCUGUGACAAACUUUGACAUUACAAGGUAUGAUGUCGAACGAAUCAUGGCUAGCCCAACCCUUCUUGCAGGAGAACUGGCUCGGCGCAACAAGGACAUUGAUCCUGUUCGUGUUCUUGAGGUCACUAAUCACAACAACCUUUCUGCUCAUGGAGGCGACAGGUAUCAAUCGUCAUCAUCUCAGCAGCAACUUGAGCAGAAGUUGCCAAUUAUCAUUGAUAAUUAUAAGGCUCAAGCUUUCUCAAUGGCAGCUGAAAGUGUGAUGGGGAUGGAUACAUUGAGCUCAGGUCAACAAGAGGUGGAGGAUUCAACCAAGAUGGGGAAUCAUUUAUCAAGUGCCUCUUCGUUGGUGACCACAUUGAGCAGCUCAAGAGAAUGCACCCCAGAUAGAAGCAGUGCCCCCCUGCAAUAUGCAAUGCCUGGGUCAGCGGCCAAGAUGUUCAACAGUCUAACAACCACAGUGAAUUCUUGGAUUCCUACUGCUGAGAGGAGGCCUCCUCCAAUCUCCAUGCCUUCCAACAUGCCAGUUUUUGCCAUGUGGACCGAUUCGUAGAGCUCUCUUUUGAUUUAGAUUCAAUAUCUUUUUGCAUGAACAAAACGGAAAGUUGAAGUGGGUGGGUGGGUUGUUGCUAGCUUAAUGGUGGUUCAUGUGGGACACCAGAAGAACCUAAUUUCUAACUUUAUCCUUUUAGCCUUAUAUAUGUUAUGAACAUCUUCUUAAAAAGAAAUGGUGGGGAGAAGCUUUUAAGACAUUA